AUGGCAUCAAGUGCGAACGUGCAGCUACCUAGACCUGAGGUUACUGCCACGCCGGCGCCUAUCACUGAGCCCUCUCCUUUGUCGGCCGGCCGACAGUCAACGAAGCCCACACGACGCAAGACUGGACCAGGCGAACUGUACGAGCGACUGGCAUGUGUUGGUGAAGGCACUUAUGGGAAAGUUUACAAAGCUCGCAAUGCCGAGAACGGUCAGUUUGUGGCUCUCAAGCGCAUCCGUAUGGAAGGCGAAAAAGACGGUUUCCCCGUGACUGCAAUGAGAGAGAUUAAGGUUUUGCAGGCGCUCAGCCAUCCUAAUGUGCUCCGAUUGAUUGAAAUGAUGGUGUCAAAAGGCUCGGUAUACAUGGUACUUGAAUACAUGGAUCACGAUCUGACUGGGCUCUUGGCUCAUCCCGAGAUUCAAAUGAGUCCGGCCAACAUUAAAUCUCUCAAUCACCAAAUGCUGUCUGGCCUUGCCUAUCUUCACCAACAAGGCAUCCUCCAUCGGGAUAUGAAAGGCUCGAAUAUCCUGCUGAGCGGCCGGGGUGAACUCAAGCUGGCGGAUUUCGGACUUGCCCGGACGUACUCUAAACACAAGAGGGAUGAUUACACCAAUCGAGUCAUCACAUUAUGGUACCGGUCCCCGGAGCUAUUGCUUGGUGAAACGGUCUACGGUCCAGAAGUUGACAUGUGGUCUGCUGGUUGCAUAAUGCUUGAAUUAUUCACGAGCAAGCCGGUUUUUCAAGGUACCGACGAAAUUAGUCAACUGGAAGUCAUCUAUUAUGUCCUUGGAACGCCGUCCGAGACUAUCUGGCCCGGACUCGGAGAUUUGCCUUGGUACGAACUUGUCAAGCCAAAGCAGGAACUUGGAUCGCGAUUUGAGGACAUCUUCUCCAAAUGGCUCUCUCCCGCCGCCAUGGAUCUCGCUCGCGGAUUGCUCACGUUUGAUCCCAGUAGACGUCUGGGUGCCGAGAGUGCUCUCGAGACCGCGUACUUCGUGUCAGAACUACCUCCUAUGGAGAUGCCUACACAGUGGGACCCGCGUGUCUACUUAAAUACAGGUCGCUGA